AUGAAACAAGAACAUACACAACUAGUGAAUAAAAAAGAUCAAAAUGAUAUUUCUCCUAUUGAAAAUAAAUUACCUUCUUUAGCUAAUUUACCAUCAUAUUUACCAGAACCAACUGGUGUAAAAUCAAAAUUAUUUAAUGAUUUUUAUUUAGUAUAUCGAUUUGGUUAUCGUCGACCACUUCGAUAUGUUCAAGUUCUUAAACUUACACAAACAAUAGCAACCGCUUUGAUAACACCCUAUCAAAUUUAUAAUUACAAUGAAGGUUUAAUACCAUUAUUUGAAUUUCAAUUAUCAUUAUUUUUCUUAAGUCUUGCAUCAUUCAGUCUUUUCUUAUUUGGUUGGGUUGCAACACGUACAAUUUGUUUUAUCUAUACAAAUGUUGAAUGUGAUCGUGUUAUUUUAACUCAUAUAGAUUUUUGGGGUCGACGUCAAAAUAUUGAAUUAGAUACACGUGAUAUUAUACCAAUAAAUGAUAUUGAAACACCAAAUAGAACAUUUUUAUCAUUUAAACGUUAUUCCGUACCUGAUACAAUGUAUUAUUCAACCAAAUUUGGUCAAAUACUUGAUCGACCAAGAUUUAAUCGAUUAUUUGCUGGUAUAAUAACACAAGAUACAAAAAAUUGGUGGUAG